AUGGAAGUCAAUAAAAGUGAAAAACUCGACAAAAUCAUACCUCGUGGAACGACUAAAAAAGAAAGGUUACAAGAUUGCAUUGCUAUUUUAAAAUAUCUAAAAUUAUCAGAUUUGAUGGACAAAUGUCCGAUUUUUGUCAGUAGUGACCUGGAAAAAAUUCCAGAUAUGGAAAGUUUGGUUAAAUUAAAUUUUGAAAGUUUAAAACGAGAAAUUACCGACAUAUUGCACAGCCAACAGCAGCACGUGCUUAAUACCUUAGAGGUGCACAACAAGGAAAUUUGCGCGGUAAAAAACACCGUUAAUAAUAUAGCGCUGAACUACGAUAAAACGACAUAUUAUAAUCACCACAACAAACUGCUUUCAAACUCGGAUCCCUUAGGACGAAGUAGCAAAAUGCAUCAUUGUAGCUACGCUGACAAAGUUUCAUCGAAUUUAUUAAUAUCUGGCACUAAAACAUCACACUGUAAUGAAGUUGAAAAAAGUAUAGCGCCAAAGUUACUUGAAAAGUCAAGCGAUUUAAUUAUUGACGUAAAUAAUCAAAAUUUCAACCCUGGAAACCUGUGUGGUACCACCGGUAACACGGGCAAUGUUAACGCAUCCAUUCCAAAACCAAUUAAAAAAAUUAUUGGCAUCAAAGUAAUCGACAACUGCAAACUUCAGACCAAAAAGAACCUUAUAAAAAAGACCGUUUUCUUGAUGAGCAACGUAAAAAGAUGUCACAGAAAUGAUGUCAUAGAUUUUCUUAAAACAAGUGGUAUAAACGUCAUCUCUUGUUUUCCGGUGAUAAAACGUUCUAAUCAGGAAAUAAGCGAUCCAGUAAACAAGGAUGAGGAAGAAUCAACGAUGUUUCGUGUAUGUGUCGAAAGUUGCGAUGGACCGAAGAUGAAGGACCCGGAAAUUAUGUUAAAACACAUCAUUGUACGCGAAUGGCGUUUCGGGAAAAACACCGACAAAAACUCCGAUACAACGAACAAACAUGGCUGA